AUGACAGAUAACGAAGAUCCGAAGGCAGCGAAAGAUGAACGCAAAUCAAUCCUUCCACCAAUCACCGAGAUCAGCCGGUGGCAAUGGUGGUGUUUGGUGUUCCUUAACAUAUCUUUCCUCCUAAUCGGUCAAGGUACCGCCAUUCUCCUCCUAAGAUUUUACUAUGAACACGGUGGGCGCAGUAAAUGGACUGCAACACUUGCUCAAAACGCUGGAUUCCCAAUCCUUUUCAUACCCUUCAUUCUUUUUCCCAAAAUGAAAGAACCCUCGAUUAAUUCCCCUCUCAUCGUAGUCUUAUCAGUCUACUUUGGCCUCGGACUCCUAAUCGCCGGUGAUCAUUUACUGUAUUCGAAUACUUAUCGGCCUCAACUUACUCGCUAA